CCAAGUGUAAGAGUGAACUUUGUGGCCGCUUUAAUUGGCGUCGCUCACGCAUACAGACGCUGCGAUACCCACACUUUUGCACCGCAAGUUAGCGAUGCGCCGAAGAAGCUUUUAGGCAAAGCGUGAUAAACACAAUGAUCCUUUCCAGAGCGUCAUGAGCUCGUCCGACCCCGACGACAUUCCUGGCACAUCAAAGCCGAUCGCCAAGAAGGGCUCACCACCCAGCUCCAGCAGCGAGUCCAAGUCGCAGGCUUCGCCGCUUCCAACGACCAGCAAUGGACAUGGUUCCAGAUCCGGGGCUACUCCCACCGGUGGGCGUAGUUCCAUGGAGCUCUCGGGCAGCGAGCAGGAUGACACCACCACGAGCUCUUCAUCGCCGCAGAUGAAUGGGCAUCAUCAGAAUGACUCCGGCGAGUCCGAUCUACAAAACGGAGGUGCCUUAAAUGGGAACUCUCGUCGUCGUAAACGCCGUCUUUCAUCCGGGGAUACCGCGCUCAUGGGCUGGUCGGGCGAAUUCCCGAAGCUGAAGGCCAUGGCCAGCAUUGAUAUCAGCUCGGAUUUGGAGCCACAGUCGCUGGGCGAGCUGCAGGCACUGUACACGAGCGGAUUGCUGGUGUUUCCAAGAGUGGAACCGCAAGCUGAGGCAGAAGCAGGGCCAGACGAGCUGGCUAAAAUGGUGGAGGAGCAGCCACAGCAGCAGCAGCAGCAGCAAGAGCAGCAGCAGCAGCAGUCGCUAGCAUCGCCUCCAUUGCCGAUGAUGACAUCGCCGGUCGAGUCCUCAUUGUCCCCCAAUUCUGACAUGAUCAUGACGACACAAGGACGUGAACCAGAACUAGAAUCAAGACAGCAAAUCAAGACAGCAACUGCAACAAGUACAAAUCUAACCAUAACAACAACGACAACAACAACUAGCAACAGCACCAACAGUUCCAACGCAACUGGCAGUACUGCAACAACUCCAAGUCCAGAACUAGACAACCAGGAGAAUGAUGUGGAUGUGGAUGUGGAGAUGGAGCAGCCGAAGGAUAAGCAGCAGCAGCAGUCGGCGAAGGAGGUUGACGACUACGAGGAGGAGGAGGAGGAAAUUGAACCCCUGGUAGUGGCCGAGAAUGAGGGCAGCUCAAGUAGUGAACCUUCGUCUGCAUCGCCGGCUCGUCGUCUCAAAUCUCGCAAACGCUUAUUCAGUCCGAAUGAGAAUAAGACCAAGGAGGAGGAGGAUGAAGCUGGAGUCCCAUUGACCAAAAGUCCCAAGAGUCCCAAAACGGAGGACAUCAUUUCACCCAUAUCCAGUCGCAUCGCCAAGCGUGCAAGGUCUCUGAAUGCCCAGAACUUGCCGGCAGUGCAACUGCCUCGUGCGCUUCGCUUCAGCAGUCAGGAUCAAGACAGGCCGAAAGAACUGGUUUCCUCUACUGCCAAUUACAUCACCGCCAAGGUGCCCGAGCCUGAGUCCAAGCCUGAGCUCAAGCCUGAGCCUGAACCUGAGCCCGAGCCUGAUGUCCAAACCGAGGCCAUACCGGAAAAGCUGUCCACCACAGCCUCAGCCCUGAAGUUGAAGGCCACCGACGAGUUCUAUCGCCUGCCCUUCGCCUACGGCUGGAAGCGCGAGCUUGUCCUGCCCAGCACCAAGAAUCACAAGCGUCGCACCGGCGACGUUUUCUUCAUAGCACCCAAUGGACGCAAGCUGCGCUCACGGGAGGAUAUUGUGCCGCUGCUGACGGGCGAGCUGACCAUCGAGCAUUUCUGUUUCCAGCGCCUGGCGCAAGGGGCACCGCCGGAGCACGAGCUGGUGCGUCGGGCCACGCCCUCCAAUGCGAUGCUUCGCAAAAUCAAACAGCAGGCGGUGGCCCAGUCGGAGCCGGCCGCUCCAUUGCCCAUCACCGGCAAGCGUGUGUCCAAGCCCAAAUUGCCCAAGGGGGCAAGUCCACCGAGCGAGGGCUGGACCGCCACCAUGGCGGUCAAGGGGAACUCUCGGGUGCUGGCCAACAGCAAUGGCAGCGGUGGCGGCAGCACAGCCAGAACCUCGCUGUCGAGCAAGUACACACGCAAGAGAGGCUUCAUGCCCAGACAGUCGAGGGCCGCCGCCGCCAGCAUAAAGACCGCGAACUGUGUGUAUUGCCAGACUCCAUUGCCGUCUGGCUCCAAGCAGGGAUCCCUCAAGACCAACACUUGUCAGAGCUGCUUGAAGAUCAAGCGGGAGAAGGAGAGGGAAUCUGAGAGGAGCGAGUUCGAUGAUGACCCAGAUGAUGAGGACAACGCGAGCGUCGGCAGCCUGUUGGAGAUCGGCAAGGAGAUCAAGGUGCCUGGCCAGCAUCCACCGGCGCAGCUUUUCAGUGACCUGGUACCCAGGCGCGCGCUCAGGGAGCAGGAGGUGGUUGUGGUCGCCGGACGCAAGGCCAUAGCCAUCCAGGCCGAUCUGCCGCGACCCCAAGUGAAACUGCUUCCACGCCAGCAGGAUUUAACCGGCUACGACCAGAUAUACAACAAGCGCCGCAACCAGAGCAAUAAGGCGCGCCAAGAUCUAAUGGAGAGCAUGGCUGAUGCCCACAACGGCUGUCAAGUGCUGAUGGCCAUCAUGAAAACGAUGAACCUGAAGGAACGCAUGAACAUGUCGCGUGUGUGCAAGACCUGGGCCAUGGUUGGCCGCGAGAAUGGGGUGUGGCGUUCGGUGAGCCUGCGCGACACCCUUGUCCAGAACUGGGUCGCCUGUCUGCGCGAACUGGCCCGCCACCGCACUCGCGAACUGGACAUGAUGGGCGUGAUAAUGGCCAAUCCGCAGAUGCGAAUGACCGGUGAUAUGCGCGUGCUCAGGGCCCUGCGCGUACUGCGUACCGAUGCAUGCGAUGCGGACUUCCUGAGCCUGGCCAUUCGCAAUCUGCCGCAGUUGCUGGAGCUAAGAGCCACCUGCGUGAGUCGAUCAAUGAGUCUGAUCAACUUGGACAAGCUAACCGAGCUGCGCGUACUUCGCAUCCACAUGACGGAGCCAAAGGCCACGUUGACUUCGGUGAACUUGCUGGCGAAACUGAAGCAUCUGACCGAGUUGAGUCUGCGUGGAGUGACCAAUCUGGGCAAUCUCAACAUGCUGGCGUUCAAGGAGCUGCCACGACUGGAGGUGCUGUCGCUGGGCUCCUGCCAGGACGUGAAAUGUGGGAAGCUAGGCAGAGAUGUGCUGCCCAGUCUGAAGGCUCUGCGCUCCUUCCGCUUGGAGAACGAUCACAAGGGCAUGGCCAUGUUCCCGGUGGACGAUAUUAUGCGAGGUCUAUCCCUCGCCGGUGGAGUCCGUCGCCUGGAGCUGAUCAACGUCGAUUUGGACGCCGGUUUUAGCCCCCUACUAGCCAGCUGUGCCACCGUGUCGGAUGUGCUGCUGAUCCCCAAAUGUAUGCACAAUACGGCCAACAUGACCAAUGCCGUGAUGCAGGCCAUCAGCGACAAUGCCGAGCAGCUGAAGGUGUUCCGCCUGGGAUUGGUUACCCAGCUGUUGAGUGCCACUGGGACGCUGUACCGUGGCACCGGCAAGGAUGUUAUACCAGUUCGUCGUCCGGUGCCGGGAAUUCCGGACGGCGAUCACCUCAAUCACUGCUCCGCCGGCGAUAGUUGCCAGGAGUUGGACCACGCCCAGUGUGUGGCCUUUCUGCCCGUGGAGCGUCUCGAGGCCAUCUUGCACCACAUGAUGCCGCAGGCUUGGCUCUCGGUGGCCAAGGUGGCCAUGUGCGACACCACCAAGCUCAAGUUCCUGCCCCGUCCAGAGGAGAGCAGCGAUGAGAAGUUUUAGUCCUGGAUGUUACAAUGCCAAGGCGCCAUAAGUUAGCUCAUAAGUAAUCCUAAAACCCUCCUUGUACCAGAGAAUGUCAAGACUGAGUCUGCGAGCACCAACACACACACACACAUACACACACACAAACACAAAACCUAAACAUACUCAAAGGAUAUUCAACAGGAAACGAAAACAAAAUAUUUGGUUCUUGCUUUUAGCCAAAGCUCAGCGACUCUUUUUUUGUUUUUUGUUUUUUUUUUUUUGAUUUUUUGUAAAUUUACUCAAAACACACUCUUUGCAUGAAACUUAGACUAAACGGCGUUUUAAACGUCUCAUUUGACACCUUCACACGGCAGUUAGCACGAAAAUAACUAACAGCAACGAUGUGAUGAACGAAAUAUUUUGUUCUUGAUUUUCCCCAAACUACUGCGACACUUUUUUUUUUUUUGUUGUAAAUUCGCCUAAAAGACAUUCGUUGCCGAAUAUUUCUUAGGCUAAACGACGUUUAAAACGUCUCAUUUGACACCAUCACACUGCAGUUAUUUAAAAAUAACUGACAUUCACACAACAGAAACGACGUGUUUGUUUGCUUACCUUUGAGUAUUAAUCUUCUUAUUGAAUAAACACUGUACAAUCAAACAAACUUGUAACAGGAGUAAAACGUAAUAAAGCGGAAAAUCUCCUAGA